GAAAGCCUAUUGGAAUUAUCAAUAAUACCCCAAAAAUUAUUAAUAUCUUAAUUUUAAAUUCCCUAAUCUCAUUGAAAUUAGCCAGAAUGGUUUUCGAAACGCACGAUGUACUCAAGUAUUUGGCUGACAUGCAAAAUAAUUUAAAUUUUGUCAAAACAACUAGUUCACCACUACGGGAAUUAUACGCUAAUAAUGCAGAAGACGACAGGUUGUCAAAUAAUCCAUUAUGCAAUACGGUGAAAUGUUUACCAGGACAAAAUUCAAGACAAUUAGAGAAUCGAAAACACCGUCAUCUAAAUCAUUGCACUAAUGAAAUUUCUAAUCUGCCAGAUAAUUUGAAAAUGAUUAUAGACAAAACAUGGAAAGCAUAUUAUGAAGAAAAUGAUGAAAACAUUUCUACAACUAUAAAAAAUACUACAUAUUCUUCCACUCAAGCUAUUUGUACUUGUAAAGCUGAUGAAUAUUUCAACGAUUCCUCAUUGUUCCCAGUCCUGUCAACAACCAGUUUAAAUAAAAGUUUAGGCAUUGACCAAUUGAUAGUGAUGUCUAGUCAGAAAAAUCUUGCACAUGCAUCUUUACAAUUGCAUCAAUCGUCUGGUACUGAACGAACAACAGAAUUACGACCGAGGCCAUUAUUACGCCAAAAAGAGAAUGUUGAACCAUUAUCCAUGUCAUCACAGGAGCUCAACUAUACCAGUACUGUAAUUGCUACAAACGUAAACAAUAAACCUAAGACAGUCACUUCACCGAGUAAUCUCAAUAUCACAACCAAUACACAUAGACCAAUGCAAGUACAUAUGCGCUAUCCAAUACCACGUAAACAAGAUGCAAUAUACAAUGCCAGAUAUAAAACUCAACCAUGUUUACAUUAUCAAAAAUAUAAACAUUGUCCUCUUGGUGACAAUUGUCAUUUUGCACAUGGUCCAGAUGAAUUGAAAUAUCCACAAUUUCAUCCAAAAUAUCGUACAAGAGUAUGCAUGAAUUAUGCUAAUAGUGGCAAUUGUCCAUUUGGUCGAAACUGUUAUUUUCUACAUUCCACACCGACAUCCUUACCAUCGUCUCAGAGCACCACUUUGAUGCAUGAUAAUAAUCAUACCAUCAAAAGAACUGCCACUAGUUCCUGGACUAUAGAUCAAUACAUUCAAGAUGACAGUAGUAUAAGCAGUCAUAACAGUUAUAUGGAUGCUAUUACAUUGAGCUCAAGUAUGAGGCGAGUGACUAUCUAAUGCUUUAGCUUAUUUAAUAUUGUCUUAUUCUUGCCAAGGUUUUACUUUUUAUCAAAAAAGUUUCUUUUUUUGUUUUUAUAUUCUUCGAGACAUUUUGCAUAUUUUCAAGAUAAUUAAUAUUUAUUUUAAAUAGAUUUGUGACCGAGAAAAAAACAUGGACAAACUAUUUUUUCGUUGAUGUGUUCUUGCAAUCUUUAUUACUUUUUUUUUAUAUCAGUAUUAUUAUCGUGACUAUGCCCAUGUGUAGUAAAUGUCUUCCAGUACACUUUUCCAGGGUGUAUAGACCUGUUUCUGUUGGUGUCAGUACCUGUCACCAGAUCAAUAUGUAUGCGCAUUUUGUACUGAUUUUUUUUUAAUCUUUUAAUUGAUGCUACUUCUAUCUGUUUACCUGUCUAUCUGUGUGUCUGUCUAUCUAUGUGUAUGUCAUUGUUUGUGAGAUUGAUGUAUACACAGUCGUUUACCUUGAAAAUAAUCAUAACGAUAAUAAUAAUAAUAAUACUACUCAUAAUCAUCAUAAUCAUAAUCAUCUGAACACCCGUUAAAGUUCAUUCAUAUAAUACUUUUAUUUUUAUUGUUGUUUUUAUUUGUUCGCCUUUUUUGGUUCAAGGCUUUUUUUAUGCUCCCUGUGUACACUUGUGAUUUGUCUAUGCAUUUUCAUGUGAGAUAUACAUAUUUAUAUAUAGAGAUAUAUACUUUUAAUUAAAAUAAAACAAUAUGAUGUAUUCUAACAUUCAAUUUGUACUCCUAUUUUGAUACAGAUAUUAUAUAUAUAUAUAUAUA